AUGACGCUCCCAGCUCCAGUUCGCGCCUCAGUCGCAUUCCAGCCCACAACAAACACUCCCACCACCCUGUUACCUCCUCCACCACCACCUCCACCGCCAAUCAUGUCCUCCCACGUCCCCUUCCUCACCGUCCGCCCCGACGACCAAUUCAGCUCCGCCGUCAAGCGCACCGCGCGCGAUGUAACAAGAUCCAACACCUCACCACCACAGGAACCCAUGGACUCACCACCGCACCUCACGCCCGCCCCGCCGCGCACCUACGCCGCCUCGCGUCUGCCUUCGGCGGUGCGCUUCCCGUUGCUGGUGAUGCUGAGUUUCAGCCUGAGCACGCUGAUCCAUACUUUUACCGCCGAGUGGUCGGGUCUGCAGCUCGCGACGGCGAGCAGGAAGUUGGACGAUCCGCUGCAGAUUGCUGGGGUUUUGGGGUGGAAGGUGGUGCAGUUGGGUGUUGGGUGGGUUGCUGGUUACGACUUGCUUGCUAACAAGAACGAAAUAGACGAAGACAUCGCCGCCCUCACCCUCCUCACCAACCAACCCUUCCACCACCUCCUGCACUCCUACUACGCCCUCCCUCUCGCCCCCCUUACCUUCUCCCUCCUCACCGACAUCCUCGUCACCGCCCUCCCCUUCGCCCUCCUCGCGCCCCUUACCCGCGCCCACGACCCCCUCACCCCCCGCACGUCCAACCAAGCCCUCGCAACCGACGCCUCCAUCCUCCUCCUUACCUCCGCCAUGGCCGCGUCCAUCUUCGCAACAACCUUCUACCUCUCCCACCACGCCCUCGACCUCGGCGUCUUUCUGAUCAGCCACUUCGACAACCUCGCCUCCAUGUCCGCGCACGAUCUCUCGAUCGCCCAACUCCUCCCCUGGUUCGCCGUGCCAGGUUUCGCGGCGUGCGCGUUCCUCUUCCGCCCUACCAUCGCUGCCGCAGGCACUUCCGUCACCCCUCCCCGCCUUUCCACACGAAAGCCGAAACGAUUCAACCCCGCCACAGCAACCUUAGGCGAGACCUUCGCGUAUAAUCUCGGCUACGGGGAGAGCGGAUGGAGUCGACGGGCGGAGGUGCUGGCGAAGCGGACGGCGGUGUUGAGCGCGGGGGCGUUUGUGAACACGGCUGUGAGGGUUUUCGCGACUGUGGAGGGGACGGAUUUGGGAGGCGCGAUGGGGUAUGCGGGGAUGUGGGCGGGGGCGUGUGUGGUGGUUGCCGUGGGGUUUGGGAUGAUGAGUCAUGAGGAUUAG